AUGCUCAUAGUUGGUCUCAGUGGCGGUGUGGCCACCGGAAAAUCUACGGUCUCGAAUGUUUUCCGCGCGCACGGUGUACCAAUCAUUGACGCGGAUUUGGUCGCAAGACAAGGUAUGUCAUUUUCUUUCCGCAACCCCCAAAAACCACGUGUUUUGCAGUUGUUGUCCCGGGAACUUCGACAUAUCAAAAAUUGCGCGCGGAAUUCGGAGCGGAAUAUUUCGACGAUGAGCACGGCGGUUUAUUGCGCAGAGAAAAGUUGGGAAAACUCGUCUUCAAUGAUCCGGAAAAGCGGAAAAAGCUGAACGGAAUCACGCAUCCCGCAAUCCGCUGGGAAAUGCUCAAGCAAUUCUUGUAUCUGCUAUUCACCGGCACCAAAUUGGCGGUUUUCGACACACCUUUGCUGUUUGAAGCCGGAUAUGAUCGAUUUAUUGGCACGACGAUUGUUGUUUGGUGUGAUCGGGAUAAGGAAAUCGCGCGGAUGAUGAAACGCGAUAAUUUGAGCCGCGAAGACGCGGAAUCGCGGAUUAAUGCGCAAAUGGAUAUUGGUAGGAGCAAAAAAUAUGGUUUUUUGACGUCGAAACAUCAGUUUCCAUCAAAAAUGAUGAGAAAUCGAGCUUCUGCGGUGAAAUCUCAUGAAAUUUGACCUAAAAAUCCCUUUUUCAGAAGCUUGUGCUGAUUUUAAGAUCAAAUGUCAUCAGGUUUCACAAAUCUCAUGAAAUUUGACCUAAAAAUCAGCAAAACCUUCUGAAAAGUGGAUUUUUAGGUCAAAUUUCAUCAGAUAUCACCCCAGAAUCUUUAAAAACCUCGAUUUGUCAUCAUUUCUCAGUUUUCAGUCAAAAAUGAUGACAAAUCGAGAUUUUUAAAGCUUCUGAUGUGAAAUCUCAUGAAAUUUGACCUAAAAAUAUACUUUUCAGAAGUUUGUGCUGAAAAUGGACGGAUUUCUGGUGAAUUUCGAAAAAGUUCAUGGAAUUUUGAGGUCAAAUUUCAUGAGCUUUAAAAACCUUCAUCAUUUUUGGCUGAAAAUCAGUGUGCUCUUAAAAAAUCCAUAAUUUUUUGCAGAAGAGAAGAAAAAACGCGCGAAAAUCGUCAUAGACAACAAUGGAGACAUCGAUGAUCUACGGGAUAAGGUAACAAUUUCUUAAAUUCCUUUAAAAUCUGAAAAAUUUUCCAGGCUCGUGAAAUAAUCGCUGAUCUCGACAAAUCUUGGAAACCCUACAUUCACUAUCUAAUUCUAGCCGUCAUUUUUGGCGUUUUGCCAUUGUAUCUUUUGAAAAAGUUUCGAUAA